GGAGCGCUUGGCAGGGACACACCUGUGGCCAGGAGGGGAAGGGAGGCGUGGGCUUUGGUGUGCCAGACCCAGCCGCGGCUCUCAGCAGCGAUGCCAGCCAUGGGCUUGCUUGGACCGGUUGUGACGUUCGCGCUGUCCUGAUCUCAAGAGACGCUGUCCGCCUGCUGCCCCUCGCCCCAGCUCGAGCAGUCUGCCUCCCGAGCACCCCCUGACCCGGCGGUCUGCCCCUGGGAUGGACCUUCUGCAGAAAAGCAAAUACAACCACCUGCGCAAUGACUCUCUCUCCUCCCUGGAGGAAGGGUCCCUGGCAGCAGAAGGGGACUCCCCUGUCGAGCCCCUGGUGGCCCCUCCUUCCCUCCCCAGCUCCCUGUCUUCGUCCUCGCUCAGCCCCAUGCUGCCCCUGGGCGAGCUGUCGUCGGAGUCGGAGGACAGCCCGACCACCCUGUGCUCCUUCUUUCCCAAGAUGGCCAACCUGAAGCUCUCCAACCCGGCCACCCGCCUCAGCCUCCGGGCCUUCUCCAGGGAGUCAGGCGGCUCUGGCGGAGAGCCCCCUCCCCCACCCCCCGCCAUCACCGCUGCCCCCCUGCCCUCAGACUCAGUGGGGACUGUUGGUCUCUAUUCCCAGGAUAUGAACAAGUUGGGCUGCGGCAAGAAGAUGCGGGUGGAGGGUGGCCAGCUCGGCGGCGACGAGUGGACCCGGCACGGCAGCUUCGUCAACAAGCCCAGCCGCGGCUGGCUGCACCCUGACGACAAGGUGAUGGGGCCUGGCGUCUCCUAUCUCGUCCGGUACAUGGGUUGCGUGGAAGUCCUUCAGUCGAUGCGGGCACUUGACUUCAGCACAAGGACCCAAGUCACAAGGGAGGCCAUUGGCCUCGUCUGCGAAGCUGUGCCUGGGGCCAAGGGUGCCGUCCGCAGGAGAAAGCCCUGCGGCCGUGCUCUCAACUCCAUCUUGGGCAAGAGCAACCUGAAGUUUGCUGGCAUGCCCAUCACACUCACCAUCUCCACCAGCAGCCUCAAUCUCAUGGCGUCUGACUGUAAACAGAUCAUCGCCAACCAUCAUAUGCAGUCCAUUUCGUUUGCAUCAGGAGGGGAUCCGGACACAGCUGAGUAUGUCGCAUAUGUUGCCAAAGACCCCGUCAAUCACAGAGCCUGCCACAUCUUGGAAUGCCCAGAGGGGCUGGCGCAAGACGUGAUCAGCACCAUUGGGCAGGCCUUCGAAUUGCGCUUCAAGCAGUACCUCAAGAACCCCCCCAAGCUCGUCACCCCACACGACAGGAUGGCAGGCUUUGAUGGCUCAGCCUGGGACGAAGAGGAGGAUCCACCGGCCGAUCAGCAGUACUACAACGACUUCCCUGGGAAGGAGCCGCCCUUGGGUGGCAUGGUGGACCUGCGUGUACGGGAUGGAGCCCCCACGGCCCAGGCAUCCAACCACCUGGGAGCCACUCUGCCUGUUGGCCAGAUGUCUUGCGGAGACUCCAGGAAGCCACCCCCCGCCGCACAAGGAAGGGAUAGAUGUCCUCCUGGGCGCACGGAUCUUUUUGAUGAUCCCUCCUACGUGAACGUGCAGAAUUUGGAGAAGACGCGGCAGGGCGGCCCGGGAGUCACUGCCAACGGCAGCGCCCAGAGGGACCUCUUUGACAUGAAGCCCUUCGAGGAUGCCUUGCGGGUGCCGCCUCCCGCGGCCCCCCCCGCACAGCUGGUGGCCUCCAUGGAGGAGCAGCUGCGGCGCGAGCCCUGGUACCACGGCCGGAUGAGCCGGAAGGAAGCCGAGCAGCUGCUGCAGGCCAACGGGGACUUCCUGGUGCGGGAGAGCACCACCACGCCGGGCCAGUACGUGCUGACCGGAUUGCAGGGCGGGCAGCCCAAGCACCUGCUUCUCGUGGACCCCGAAGGCGUGGUCCGGACCAAGGAUCACCGCUUUGAGAGCGUCAACCACCUCAUCAGCUACCACAUGGACAAUCGGCUGCCGAUCAUCUCGGCUGGCAGCGAGCUUUGCCUCCAGCAGCCAGUGGAACGGAGAUCGGCUGAGGAUCACCAUCCCAAAGAAAUGACUUUGAUGUAUAGAGCAUGGUUUUAAAAUCCAGGAAAAUGCAGCUGGAACGCCGAGCAAAAUGGAAAGGAGGACCACGCAUUUUCUCAAGUUAAUGAUGCAUUCUUGGUAGCUGUGUUAGUUUUGGUGGCAUCCUUUGUCCUGUUUUAUUAUUUAAGAAAAUCUCAUCUGGGUAAGAUGGUGCUUGGUGCAGCAGAACAGAGGCAUCCAUAUUUUCAUUAAAAAUAACAGAAUGGCUGAAAUGAGGUACUGCAUUGGAGCAGGCGCUUUGCUGCAGAAUUCCUUGCUGAGCGUUUUGUAAUCUGGACAACCAACAACCUGAAAGUUAACUUUUUGCUGACCCUGAUCGUGGUUCAAAGGCACAAUGAGCUUUCCAUACUGGUAUUUUAUGUCUUGACAAGCUGUUUUGAACCGUUUGUGCAGAAUUUUUUAACACAAAACUUGGAUUGUUCUAGAAUUAACAUACAAUUGAUGCUUUGAUUUUAUGCCCCUGCCCCCUGUAUUGUAAACAUAAAUGCAGGGUUGCACUGUUUAAUGUUUCAUCUGCUAGAAGAAUGUGACUAAAAUGGCAAACCCAAUCAA